AUGGAGGGAACUUUAAGCGAGGACGAUGGAUUGAUAAGAGAGAGCAACAUGGACCUUAAUGACAACAGUGCUGACCCUCACAUGUCACUAGCUCUGGAUGCUCUUGCAGUUGAGCUGAACAACCCAAUCACAUCGCAACUCCUGCAGUUGGAUAAUUCUGACAUGGUGGAACCAAUAAUCGGCAUGGAGUUUGAUUCUGAUGAAGCUGCAAAGGAAUACUACGUAGCAUAUGCCAACCAUGUAGGGUUUGGUGUCCGCAUGAAUAAGUCAUGUCACUCGAGGAAGGACGACACUGUGAUCAUGCGGCGUUUUGUGUGCACGAGGGAGGGAUUCCAUUCCAAGAGGGCAAUCUAUGAUGAUGGAGAGAAGAAGAGGAAGCGGGGAACCACAAGGGAGGGGUGCAUGGCCAUGAUUGAGGUCAUUCGUGAGGAUCAUGGCAAGUGGGUUGUUACGAAGCUUGUGACAGAGCACACUCAUAUGGUUGCAUUACCUGGUAAAGUCCGGCCGCGUGAUGAUAAAGCAAUCAUCCUGGGUAAUGUGGGCUUGCUGCAUGGAGAAUCGAGUCGAGGUUUUAAUAAUCUAAAAAACUUCAAUAGAGGGAUAAGAGUUGACCCCUUUGGUGAAGGUGGAGAAGCUCAGGGCCUCUUGGAGUAUCUGAAGAGAAUGCAAUCUGAGAACCCUGCAUUCUUUUAUGCAAUUCAAGUUGACAACAAUAAUUGUAUGGCUAAUGUCUUUUGGGCUGAUGCUAAAGCUAGGAUGGCUUAUCAGUACUUUGGUGAUGCUGUUACUUUUGACACAACAUAUAAGAAAACAAAGUACAUGAUGCCGUUUGCGACAUUCAGAGGUGUGAACCAUCACUUUCAGAGUGUUAACUUUGGGUGUGCUUUGCUAAUGGAUGAGACAAAGGGUUCUUAUGUCUGGCUGUUUGAGACAUGA